AUGGUCAGCAACAAGGUCGGGAUCUACAAACAGAAUGCACCCACCGUGCAUACCCACAAACCGGUUAUGCAUUUGAAUACGGCGUUCUUCCCGAUUCUAUCAGCUGGGUUUGGUUUGGCUGCUUUUGUUACUGGGUAAGUGAGAGUGAUAGGGCUAGGGCUCUAAGCUAGGGCUCUGGGUUAGGGCUCUGGGCUAGGGCUCUGGGCUAGCGCUCUGGGCUAGGGCUCUGGGCUAGGGCUCUGAGCUAGAGCUCUGGGCAAGAGCUAGAGCUAAAUAGCUUUUUUGUUUCAUUGUUCUUUGAAUAACGAAUUUUUCUUAUCAAAAACGACGUUUCUAAGUGUAUUCAGUGCUUCAAGAGCAAGAUAACGAAAUCUAGACACAUAUUAACUUUUUUUUAAGUUGAAUUUUACAGCAAAGCAUAGAUCACCUAGCAUAUUUGUACAUUUAUAUAGUCAAAAAACAAAAUUUUUUACUUUUAGACAUAUACUAUAUUAUACAUAACGUUUUCCAAACGCUAAAAACUCAUAUGAAUUACAGUAAUAAGGAUAGAAAGAAAAGAAACGAUAGGGACUGCUAGAUUUUUUAAAAAGAAGGCUCAAAGCAAAUUCGUUCAACAAAUUUUAAAAACAUCAUUGAUUUUAGGUACGUUUUGGCAGUACUGAACGACCACGAAGAAGCUUGGUUCUCAUUAAUCAGCGAUGGUGGAGCGUUGGCCCCAGAAAGCUGCAUUUUUGGCAUUUUACUCAACUUUUCAGCCUUUUUCUGUGAGUUUUAAAAUUUUUCUUUCAUCAAAAAUUCAAAACUUUAAAAAAUUUUUUUUGAAUUUUUAAAAUUUUCAUUUUAUUAUUUCAAAAAAAUUUAAGAAUUUUAUUAAUUAAGGCUAUUAAUGUUUUACUGUAUGUUACACCUGCUUAUCUCUAUAUCUAUUCCAGGGCUCCUAACCUGUGUAUCCCGCCACUACCAACUCCUACAGUACGUUCACUUUCACCACGGUAAAAAGCAAAAGUACCGCAUAAUGACAAAGUUUAUGAUGAUAGUCGGAGUUUUGUCUGGAAUCGGAAUGUCUGGUGUGGCAUGUUUUCCAGAAGGCCAGGUACCUUUGGCUCACAGUUUGAGUGCCUUGUUGACAUUUUUUGGCAGUGUUGUUUAUGCAUGGUGCUAUGCCCUGAUGUCGGUUGUGGUUAAGCCUAGAAUCGUGCCGAAUUGGCUGACAAUUUUCAGAGUUGUGGCUGUAUUGGUGGUUACUGUGGCUUUUGUUUGUCGUAGGUUUUUGUUUUGGGUAUUGUGUUAGUUUUUAUAACAUAUUAAAGUUUUAAAAAGCUUUAACGUAACUCUGUGUUAGGCUUCGCCGAAUAGGCUUGCCCUUAACUCGUUUCGGCGUAGCUCUCCAGUCUUGAGCUUCAUAUUAUAUCGUCCAAAAUUAAUUAAAAUUGCCUUUUGUACUACCACAUAUAUCAUAUUAGAAUUGUAGAUCAAGUAGUGCACACAGUACGACCGUUUGUUGAUACUCUACCAGAUGGUACUAAACCAGAAAAGCCAGAAGGUCCACCUAGUGGAAUAUUAAGGUUUAAACCUGAUCAUCCGGUAAGAUUUUUAUAUACUAUACUUUGAUUUAGAUACCUUUUUUAAUACAACACAUAAUUCUUCAUUAUAUGUUAUGUUUCCAUACAAUAAUCAAAAAUCUUACUUUAGUACUACUUGAACCACUUGAUUGAAGCCAUUUUCGAAUGGAUAUUAGCAUGUGGGUCGUAUGUGAUAACGGCCACUUUAUGCUACGAGCUGCGUAGCUUCGAAAUCAAUACGCUGACCAAGGAUGAGCAACGAUCUCUGUUCGAACAAAAUCGAGAACCUAAACUUGUUUCCAGUAAUUUUGUAAGAAAACUAUAG